AUGGCGGCGGCGGCGUCGGUGUCGGUGGCCGACCCCCGCCUCGUGCGCAAUACUUGCAUCCUAGCACACGUGGACCACGGCAAGACCUCCCUCGCGGACCAUCUAGUGGCCUCCGGCGGCAGCGGCCUCCUCCACCCGAAGCUGGCGGGAAGCGCCCGGUUCAUGGACCACCUCCCGGAGGAGCAGCGGCGCGCCAUCACCAUGAAGUCCUCCUCCGUCGCGCUCCGGCACCGCGUGAACCUGAUCGACUCUCCGGGCCACGCCGACUUCUGCUCCGAGGUCUCCGCCGCCGCGCGCCUCUCGGACUCGGCGCUCAUCGUCGUCGACGCGGCCAAGGGCGUCCGCGUCCAGACCCACGCCGCGCUUCGCCAGGCGUUCGUCGAGCGCCUGCGGCCCUGCCUCGUCCUCAACAAGAUCGACCGCCUCAUCACGGACCUCCUCCUCUCGCCCGAGGACGCUUAUUACGCGCGCCUCCGCGGCAUCGUCGCCGAGGCUAACUCCAUCUACUCCACGCUGCGCUCCGGCUACUACUCCUCGCUCCAGGACGACAAAGACGACCUGCGCGCGGGCGGCGGCGAGGAGGACGAUGACGAGGGCGACGCCUUCCAUCCCCAUAAGGGCAACAAGACGGGCGCUAGCAGGUCCAAGCUGCUCAUGGGCUUCUGGGGACCGUACCACAUAGACAAGAAGAAGAAGGCGGUUCUGCCUCUGCCUUCGAGUAAGGAGGCCACGGGCAGCGGCGAGAGUCAGCAGCCCAUGUUCGUGGAGUACGUGCUCAGGCCUCUGUGGAAGGUGUACCAGAGAGGCAUGAGACCAAAUAGCGCCAAGUGGAUGGACGACAAUGCGGUUUCCUUCUUCAAGCUGGUGGUGUCGCCGCGGGAGCUGAACAGCGAAAACCCCAAGGUGUCGUUGCAUGCCGUGAUGCGGGCGUGGCUGCCGCUCGCGGACUCGGUCAUGGAGAUGCUCGUCGAGUGCACGCCCGACCCCGUCGCCGCCCAGGCGUUCAGAGUGGCAAGGUUUAUGCCCGAGAUGAGGACUGCUGCCGCCAACCACACCUGCAGCAUUGUUGCUGAGGCUGAGUUGGUGAGGAGCUGUGUGGCGGCCUGCAGCGCCAGCGCAAGCGCGCCCAUUGUGGUGUUCGUGUCCAAGAUGUUUGCGUUGCCGUACACGAUGCUGCCGUCCAAGGGGCUUAAAGGGGAGGAGCUGCUGAUCCAUAGCGAGUCGGAGCCAGAGGGGGAGUGCUUCUUGGCCUUCGCGAGGGUCUUCAGCGGGGUACUCCGUGCAGGGAAGAAGGUGUUCGUCCUGUCUCCGCUAUAUGAUCCGGUAAAAGGGGACGACGCGGCGGGCAAGCAUGUGCAGGAGGUGGAGCUGCACGGCCUGUACGAGAUGCUCGGGCAGGACCUGAGGCCAGUACCCAGCGUUGCUGCGGGCCACGUCGUCGCGAUCCAGGGCCUUGGCCAGCACGUGCUGAAGAGUGCAACACUGUCGUCGACCAAGAAUUGCUGGCCAUUCUCGAGCAUGACGUUCCAGGUGUCUCCGAUGCUCAAGGUCGCCGUUGAGCCCUCCAACCCUGUUGAUCUGGGAGCCCUUGUAAAAGGACUGAAGCUUCUUCACCAGGCAGACCCGUUGGUUGUGUACACGGUCUCGCAGAGGGGCGAGCAUGUCCUUGCUGCAGCUGGCCAGGUACAUUUGGAUCGCUGCAUCAAGGAUUUGCAGGAGAGGUUCGCCAAGGUCCAGCUGGGGGUCUCAGAGCCGUUAGUGUCAUUCAAGGAGACCAUCCAAGGAGAAGCUGUUGGCUUACUGGGAAGCAUGAAGGAUGGUGGUCAUUCUAUUUCUACAGCUACAACCAUGCUUAGGCAACGCUUGAUCUGUGCCAUUGACACUGAAUUGGAAGCGAUCUCUGGACAAGUGGAAGAAGCUAAAAAUGUCACUGAAACUGAAACAGAGACAUCGACAUAUUCUCUCGAUUCUGAAGCGCUAAGGAACAGCAUCGUCUCAGGUUUUCAGUUUGCCACAAAUGCAGGUCCCAUAUGCGAUGAACCUAUGAGGGGUGUGGCAUUCAUCGUUGAGCCCUACCUUCUGUCCAGCAACUCUGAUGUUGUAAUUCGCUCCGAUGACAACAUCUUCACUGGGCAAGUAAUUACUGCAGUGAAGGAAGCAUGCCGAGAAGCUGUUCUUCAAAGCAUGCCAAGGCUCGUGGAACCAAUGUACUUUUGUGAAUUGACCACACCGAUGGAGCAGUUAGGUGCAGCCUUUGCUGUUCUGGGUGAUUGUCGGGCCAAGGUUCUGAAAGAAGAGAUGCAAGAAGGAACAUCUUUGUUCACAGUGCAAGCUCACUUGCCAGUUGCCGAAAGCUCUGAUUUCUCUGAGAAACUUAGGAAGCGAACGUCAGGUGCAGCUAGUGCGGUUCUAGCAUUUAGCCACUGGGAAGUUAUCCCUCAGGACCCCUUCUUUACCCCGAAAACUCCGGAGGAGAUUGAAGAAUUCGAUGAUGGCUCAAGCAUUGGACCAAACCUGGCCAAGAAGCUCAUGAAUUCUGUGAGGCGAAGAAAGGGCCUUCAUGUUGAAGAGAAAGUUGUGGAGCAUGACACGAAACAGCGAACUCUUGCGAAGAAAGUGUGA